GUUCAGAGUGAGGAAAAAGUGCUCUUGUUCUCUCUUUGGAUUCACAUAGAGUCUAGACCAUGGCCAACGGACAAUAUCUAUUUUUUGUUGGAUUACUGAUUUCCAUUUUGGUGCAGUGGACUUUGUGUGUUAACAGGGAUGAGCUCGACCCGCUCUACUGGAACAAUAAAGGAAGGAAUGCUCUCCACACAGCCCUAAAUAAACCACGUAAUUCACACCAAGCCAAGAAUGUCAUCCUCUUCCUGGGAGAUGGUAUGGGUAUACCAACAGUGACUGCUGCCCGGAUCCUCAAAGGCCAGUUGGAGGGAAAAAGUGGGGAGGAGUCCAGUCUAGCUAUGGAUUCCUUCCCCCACCUGGCACUGUCUAAGACGUACAACGUGGAUCAGCAGAUGCCAGAUAGUGCUGGCACAGCAACAGCGUACCAGUGUGGUGUGAAGGCCAACUAUGGCACCCUGGGGGUCAAUGCUGCCGCCCCAAGGUACAACUGCCAGGCUUCCCAUGGGAAUAACGUCACAUCUGUUCUUCACCGCGCCAAGGAAGCAGGGAAAUCAGUCGGCAUUGUCACCACAACCAGAGUUCAACAUGCCUCUCCUGCUGCAGCCUACGCUCAUGUUGCCAGCCGGGACUGGUAUUCUGACGCUGAUCUCUCAGAAGAGGCAGUCCAGAAUGGCUGCCGUGACAUUGCUUACCAGCUGGUUUACAACACAGAGAUAGAUGUUAUCCUUGGAGGAGGUCGUACCUAUAUGUUUCCCACAACACAACAAGACCCAGAGUAUCCAACUGUUAAAGGAGCCCGAAAGGAUGAAAAAAAUCUGGUCGAUGAGUGGUUAAAGAACAAACAGAAUGCUAAAUAUGUUUGGAACAAGGUUGACUUUGAUGCCAUCAAUCCUGCAACUACAAACUUCCUGAUGGGUCUGUUUGAGCCCAAAGACUGCCGGUACGAGCUGGAUCGUGACCCCUCUAUGGACCCAUCCCUUACAGAGAUGACAGAGAAAGCUAUCAGGAUCCUCAGCAAGAACCCCAAUGGAUUUUUCCUCUUUGUGGAAGGGGGGAGAAUCGACCACGGUCACCAUGCAACGAUGGCUAAAAAGGCACUCCACGAAGCUGUAGAGUUUGACCGGGCGAUCGAGCGAGCGGCUGACCUCGUCAGUGACCUGGACACUCUGACUAUUGUCACUGCAGAUCACUCUCACGUUUUUGCUUUUGGAGGUGAUUCUCCCAGAGGAAACCCUGUUCUAGGGAUCGCUGAUACCCAGGCUACUGACAACAAACACUUCACCACUGCUGUGUAUGGGAAUGGACCAGGAUACAAGAUUGCCAAUGGAAGUCGCCCGGAUGUGAAUGAAUCAGUUUCAACGGACAACAACUACCUCCAGCAGACUGCUGUCCCUCUUGAUUCAGAGACCCACGGCAUAGAGGAUGUAGCCAUUUUUGCCAAAGGUCCCAUGUCACAUCUUUUUGACGGAGUCCAGGAACAGAGCUACAUUGCUCAUGUGAUGGCUUAUGCUUUAUGCAUAGAUCCCUAUGUGGACUGCCAAUUACCUGAAGCCAGCCAUGCUGUAGCAAGCCACCCCAGCCUGCUGCUUCUUCUGAUGAGCCUCCUUCUAAUUACUUUCUACCCUAUCUGAGAUGACACGAGAUGACAUGAUAUCUAUCCCUGGAAAAUCGGUGCUAUCUUAGAAUUUGGAUGAGGAAUAAAUUGUUUUCACUCUACUGUGUCUAAUUUAAAAGUGAUGUAAUAGUCUUAGACAGCGCUGUUGUUUUAUGUAAUUUCCUAUUGUUGACACAACUUUGCUGUAAAAACCAUUUCUGUUAUGAUUGCAUAAAGCAAUGUUUUAAUGCUUUGUUAAGCUCCUGUAAAUAAAAUUAUGGUUGUCAUUAUAUUGGAGAUGUACUGAAUAAACAAGAGAUUUCAUGAUGA